UGUGGUCGGGCGCCGCGGCACCAGCAUAGCACGAGCAGCGGCCAGGGCACGACCACCGCCGUGACGCCGCACCGGACGCUCUUCGCAACAAAAACCAUGAUGAUGUGGAAAGGCAUUUUGCUGCUCGGAGCCCUUAUCGCAGCAGCUGAAGCAAAGAGGUCGCGCCACCACCGCGACUUCGCGGCGGCCCCGCAGCAGCUGCAGCUGCAGCCGCAGACCCCAGCCACCACGCCGCCGCCGCCGCCGCCGCGAAGCCCUGGCAGCCCAGAAGCCGCCGCCGGGGAGUCCGCAGACGCUGAGGACUACGACGAGGACCUGCUCGCUAGGGAGAACCCGUGCCUGGUGCAGUUCUGCGGCGCGGGCCGCGAGUGCGUGCUGGAGCGCGGCGCGGCCGUGUGCGUGUGCGUGCGGCGCUGCCCGCGCCACGCGCGCCUGCACCUGCAGCGGCCCGUGUGCGGCUCGGACGGCCACCUGUACGCCACGCACUGCGACCUCCACCGCGCCGCCUGCCUUGAGGGCCGCGCCAUCGCCGUCGACCACUCGCUCGCCUGCAUCCCGCACCACAUCGACAACUCGUCUGGCGAGGACAGCAACGACAGCUGGCCGUGGCCGUGGCUGGAGGGCGCCACCGGCCCGCCGCCGCCGCCCGCGGCCUCCACGGCGCCGCCCGCCGCCCCCGCCGCCCCAGCAACCAGCUCCUCCGCCCCCUCCACCCCCUCGUCGUCCAGCAGCAGUCCGCCCGUGGCAGUGGUCACGCCCCUGCCAGAAGGCGACCCCGCCGAAAACGAGGCUGAGUCGGACGCGGAACUCGACUUCGACCAGAGGCCGUGCUCCCUGCAGGAAUACGAGAUAAUGAAGGAUAACCUGCUACUGUACAACCAUGCCAAGCAGCUGGCAGAGGAGAUGCGCAACACGGGCAAGGAGUACCUGGUGAGCCGCAUGUUCAGCCACUACGAUCACAACAACGACGGCGCCCUGGAAAAGGAAGAGCUGGAGCAGAUGGCGGCCAAGGAGCAGCUGAGCCAGCUGUCCAAGGGCUGCAGCCUGGGCGACAUGCUGCACUUCGACGACGCCAGCAAGGACGGCCGGCUCGACAUCAACGAGUUCUACACCGCGUUCAGUAAGUUAUACAGUGUGUCGGUGGUGUCGCUGGACACGGCGCUGCAGGUGAACCACCUGUCGGCGCGCGUGGGCGACAACGUGGACAUCAAGUGCGACGUGACUGGCACGCCGCCGCCGCCCAUCGUGUGGCGGCGCUACGGCGCCGACCUGUCCGAGCUGGGCGAGCCCGACGUGCGCGUCUUCAGCGACGGCUCGCUCUACCUGACGCGCAUACAGCUGGUGCACGCCGGAAACUACACCUGCCACGCGCAGCGCAACAAGGACGUCGUGCAGACGCACGUCCUCACCGUGCACACUAUACCUGAAGUAAAGGUCACACCACGAAUACAAUCCAGAAGGCCGGGCGAAGACGCUUCAAUGUUCUGCCACGUCGUCGGUGAACCGUUUCCGAAGGUGGAGUGGCUGAAGAACGACGAGCCGCUGCCUGGUGAGGGCGCGCCGGGCCGCGACCGCUACGAGGUGGUGGGCAACGGCACAGAGCUCACGCUCAAGCGGCUCGCCUACGCCGACACCGGCGCCUACAUGUGCCAGGCCAGCAACGUGGGCGGCCUCACCAGGGACAUCUCGUCGCUCGUCGUCCAGGACGAGCCCACGCCCACGGCCUUGAAUGAGGAGCACCGGUUCUUCGCGUUCCACGACUGGGGCGUGUCCGUGUACGAGCCGACGGCUUGUCGCCUCUACCACCAGAUACAGGCCACCGACAUCAUACCCGGCACUCAGCAGGAGUACGUGUGCGGCGACAAGGGCGUCAACUGCAGCUGGGGACAGGCCAUCAACGUGGCCAACCGCUACGUGUACGUGGCGCAGCCGCACAAGGACCGCGUCCUCGUCAUCAGCAAGAUCCAGAUGGUCGUCGUUGACGUGGUGACGACGGACAAGAUGCCGGUGGAGCUGCACUACGUGCCGCACCUGGACCAGGUGUGGGUGCUCAACUGGCGGUCGGAGCGCGACCGCGGCGUCAAGACGGUGCAGGUGAUCCGCGACGCCGCGCAGAAGCGCAAGCACCACACCGUCCACCCGGAGCCCAUAGACGGACAGUUCGACCUCGUCAGCGGACUCUUCAUGCCACCGGUGCAGGACAUGAACCAGCUGUUCAAGUACGCCUACGUGACGCACACGAACCAGCGCGGGCUGUACAAGCUGGACCUGGCCACCAUGCGCUACAUCCGCAGCAUCGACCUCACGCCCUACAACUGCGUGCCCAGGCACAUCGAGUUCUCCGCACUGUACGGGUACGCGAUCCUGGAGUGCGAGGAGCCGGUGACGGGGCGCGCCGCGGGCCAGGUGCUGCUGGACCACCUGUCGGACGCGGUGCUGGCGCGCAAGCCCGCGCUGCUCGGCCGACCCACAGUCGCCCCUGACAGCCGCGCCGUCGUCACCGUAGACCACGGCCGCGACGGCGUCACGCUCGUCGUGCAGCGCGUCACCGAGAACGGCCUGAAGUUUAUGUUCGAUGUGAAGACGACGCUAAACAUCAGCGACAUCACGUUCUACCCAUCGCAGACAACUCACGGCUACGAUCUGUACGCCAGCGCCACCGAUAAGGAAGACAUACUCUUCCUCAACCUGCUGACAGGUAAAGUGGAGAUGAUCACCGGCGUGGGUCGCGCCAUGUCUCCCGCGCUUGCGCAGUGGGGCGCCCCCAACCGGCCCAUCGCCUCGUCGGCGGUGUUCGGCCACUACAUGGUCACCACGGCCAACGAGGCGCUGUUCGUCGUGAACGGCGAGACGCGCACCGUCAACUGCGAGAUCGGCGGACUCGUGCACCCGCGCGCCGUCGUCUGGGUGACGAUGCGCCUGCAGUAGCCGCCGGGCGACGUCACCGCCUCCCGGCGUGCAACGCGCCGCUACCGAGGCAGCUCCUUCCAACUGCCGGGAGCCGACUCCCUCACCAGGACGCUUACGACCAAACCUCAACAGUCGUUCCACAAGAACAUUGAGACGUGGGCCAUUUAGAGAAAAAGAGAAACACUGUCAAAUGCAGAGAUUCCUCUGGAGUAUAUUUAGUACGCGAAAUGCUUGUUAAUUGUUUUGUGUUAUUCUAUUUAUUUGUCACUACCUUCCAACUCGCUGUCGGAGAUCGCUUAUUUCUGUACUGGUAUACCUUCCACACUCCACUCACUCCACUGAAGGUCUCCGCGUGGAAGGUAACUGAACACAUUCCACACAUGUAUCAUCCGUAGCUUCCAGGAUACAAGAGCAGAAAGAAAAUUGUGUUGACAUAUGCAUAGUAUACAUACCAAGAAUGCAACAUAGCUAGACACCUAUUUUAAUGUUGAUUCCAGUUUCGUCAGAAUGCAUCUCCUGAACGGGUAAAUGCUUCGACGAGAAAUACAUGAAGGACAUCACAAUUAUCUACUCUUUCUAUUAGCAUCAAGUGAAAUAGCAAACUAAUCAAUAAAUUCCCAUUAGGAAGAAUACUUCCGUACCUUAACAGGAUCUGUAAUAAGAAGUUACACAGAAGACUGCCAAAAUGAGUGACGCACAUCGUACUCAAGUAAUCUGUAUUGUCUCCUUCAAAUAAAAGAUGUUGGAAUACGGUAGUUAUUACUAACUCCCUGGUGUAUUUCACUCUAAAUCCGAAAUCUAUAAAUAUCUGAAUGUCUCUUCCCAUCAACUAAGAACUGACGUAUAGCAGUAAAUCAUUUUCUGUUCAGCAGUCUCGACUCAGGCGUUCAGCAGCAACACAGUUGGUAAAAGUUUGUUUGUCACAGAAGGCGCCACCAUCUCUACUAUUGAGCAGAAGCACUUCUGGCAAAAGUUUUUUGAUCUGCUGAGAACCACAGAACUGCCUAACACUCAAUUCUUUUAAUUCUGAUAGUCAUCACGCACACGCACACCUCUAGCAUAGAAUACAGGAGCAGAACAAUGUUGUGUCGUUUCACACUGGAACAACCGCGGAACACACACAGGGACUGCCGAUGUAUGGCACCAUGGCUGGUACAUCGCAUUCGGAACUUCAAAGACCUCAGACGUCAGCUGAAAACUACUGUUAAGAGAAUGGAAUAACAAUAAAAUAUUGCUGGUACAGGAUUUUCUAUAUAUGGAUACGAUAACAGUUUAUGGUAAUUUGCGAUGUCAGAUUUUGCAAUAUACUAUUGGUUCUGGGACCGCCAAAAAGCGUAGUUUGGAUGUGCGAAGAUGACAAAUAUGUAAAAUACUUUUCAUUUGCCGUAAGGAUACUUUGUAAUUCUAGGCACUACAUUUCCCCUCCGUAGUGUCGCGUGUAAGGCGAACACCACUUACGGCGUAGGCUCCACGGUAAACCUGCUUAGACUUAAUCCGCAAAUAACGUGUUUAUUUAGCAAAUGGGAGUGGUUCUUCCCUCUAACUACUCAGUUAAAAUUUUCUGUAGACCUGCAAAAUCGUAUAAAAUAAGCUGAACCGUUUUGUCUUUCAGUAAACGUAAGUUUAUGAGGAAAAGGUGGCUCUAUCUUCUAAAAAGAAGGGUAUGUGGAAUUUUGAAUGUAAAUGGUUGUCGUGCAAGGCCUGAUUCACCAUUUUGUAAAAUUAAAUGUGUAAUCUUAAUCAGUUAUUUGAUUAUUCAUGUGUAAUUGGAAAGGUAUUACAUGUUACUUCAUUUAACAACAAAAUAUCGAGUAAUAAAUGUAACAUCGUUUUAAGGCAUUUAAUAAUUCAAUUGCUUGUGAAUAUGGACUGCCAAUACGCACAAUACAGUUUCUUGUUGAACAAAUCGGAUUUUUCAAAUUCCAUGACAGCUUCACUGCGUUCAUGUGCAGGGCCUAGAUACUUUUAUACAGAAAACAGUUCAUAUGCAGAAACCUUCUUGAUUAGUGAGUGUUUUAACAUAUUUCUCCGUACUAUUUUUUUCACGUCCGUGAAUCAAUAAGGAACCGCUGCAUGCUGUGCCGAUGGCAGUCCAUGAACUCAGAUGUGUUUAAGGCAACAUACGUGUAAUUUCUGCUGUUUGAUGUGUGUGACGCUUGCGUGUGUAUGUGUACAAAUAAAAGAGCAGUGUUGGUAUGUAUUUUUUAAUAAAACAAAGAAAAUUUCUA